GCUGAUCAUUGCAAUCUUAUAAAAUGAAAAGAAAAAAUUAUGCCUUCCAAAUAAAAGGAUACAUGUGUCCCAUUUAAAGGAAAAAAAUGGUUAUGAAAUUAGAAAAGAAGAUAUUUUAGUGAGAAGAAAGAAAUAUAUCACAAUAUUAAGGAAAAAAAUAAUAAAACAAUUUUUUGAAAAACAUUAAUCCUCCAAUAGUGACUUGAAUUUUUCACACACAAAUACUGGUUUUGAUUCUUGAAUCUUAUUUUAUUAUGCAAUAUAUGAAAAGCAAAAACUAUUGAAGCAAACAGUUAUAGAAACAUGCAUAAUUUUAUUAAAUAUUCCUUCACCAAUAUGCAGGAUUAUGCAUCAGCAUUGAAGGUUUAAAAAUUCUAUGUAUGAUAUCUAGAAAUGAUGUUAGAUUGCAAGAAAUUUAAAAAGUUGACUAUAGUCAUCUUCAGCCAUGGAUGGCUAUGAAUACAGUCAUCUUGACUAUAUACACUUGGGUGCAACAUUGGUUUCUUUUAGCUAAGAAUAAGUGUAGAAAUUGAAAUCUACAACCAGUCACCAUCGAUUUUAGUAAAAUACAGGGAGAACUUAAAAGGGGAACUUAAAUAGAAAAUAAUAGGUUAUAAGAAAAUUGAGUAAUGAACAAUAUGCAUAUGUUCAUACAAACUGAUUUUACUUAAUGCGAUAUUUGUACUUGAUAAAAUCUAGUUUCAAUAUAUUUGGUUUUCUUUUACCAAAUUUGUAAUGUAAACUUGCUUCUCAUUUAAGGUUUGAUUUAAUCAAAUACCAGCUAUAUUUGUUUUCGAAUACCGAAAAUAAGAUUUCGUGUGCCAAUUAGCUGUUUUUGUAUAUAAUUAGUGGCACACAUGCCACUUGUUGAUAACCUCUGGUCUAAAUGGCAUUAGGGAGAACUUUAGAACGUAAUGAAAGUAUAGGAAGAGUUUAAGGAAAAUCUAGGGAGAAUAUAGUUAAAAUUCAGAAAACACUUUAAAAGAAUGCAAAAUGAGUCUGGGUAAAACCUAGGAAGUGUAGAAAUUUAAGAUGAGUCUAGGCAGAGUGUAGGAAAAACUUAAAGCUAAAACGAAUUCAGAAAAAACCAAGGAAAGCCUAAGGAAAAUCUAAGGAGAUUCCAAAGAGAAUUCAGGAAGAGUCUGGGGAGAAUUGAGGAGGAUUCUAGGUAUACAGAACCUCAGAGAGCUUAGGUAUGUAAACCGUAAUAAAAGCUUAGGAAGAGCAUGGGGGAAGACCAGUAAGAGCUUAAUCUAAACACUCAUCUUAUACUACCUCUUUAACUAAGGGAAACCUACGUUGCACCUUAGUGUACAUGGUGUGCUCUCAACAAUGGGUGCCUUCCACUGAGCGAAGUUGAAAUGUACAUCUCCUCAUGAAUCUUCUCGGUAUGUUCUCUUUUAUUUUUUCUAGGGUUUGUAGCAUGUAUUUGUGUUGUUCCCCUAGUUAUUACCGUUGUUAAUAGUUUAUGAUCUCUUCAAAAAUUGUUUCUCUGAAAUUGGAUUCUUCGAAUCUCAAUCAGCAUGUCAUUCUAUGAUUUUUCUAUUCUGUAACUGAAUUUGAUAACAGUUAUGUAUUAUAUUAUACAGUUGAAUGUCCUGAAUCUGUUUCUGACAAUUAUACUCUUCAGCAUCCAUCUUUUCUUGUAUCAUUCAAUAGGUAUUUAUUAUGUGCACAUAGAUUUGUAUGUAUCGUAUACGAAUUUAAAACUCAUUUUUUGUCAGUAGUCUUAAUUUUUCAGAAGUUUGAUUUGGAAAAGAAAAAUUACCAAAGUUUAUUCUUUGAAGUUAUAAAUUUUUGACUUUAAACAUGUUUUGUGCUUAAUGCUCUGUCUGAAGUUUUUUCAUAGUACAAUUUUUUGAAACUUAGUAUUUCAAGCAUUUUAGGUUAAGUACAAAUUUAAAAUUAAAAAUACAAAAUUCAAAAUGGCUGUUUCAAUAUGGCGAAUGUAAUCAGUUUUGGCGGAAGUAAAUCUAAAAACUAAUACAAUUUACUCGAAUCUUGUUAUUUGGAGGGUUUUUAAGUCGUUAGUUACAAAUAUGAAGUCAAAAAUAUAACAUGAAGCGGCGUUGGGUCAGGGUAUGCGGAGGGAUCCGUGUGCUGUUUGUGGACUUCCGGUUUUCCUAGCGGAAAAGCUGGUACUCGGCCAUGUCGCUUAUCACCGUACUUGUUUCCGUUGUGCUCGAUGCAACAAUCAAUUAACACUUGGUAAUUACUACGAGACCGAAAAAGGACAAUAUUGCUGCGAAACGUGCCCCGACGAGGAACCACCGUCGCCCACCAUGCAAAACUAUAGCGACAUACCCAAUGGGAACCAACCGGAUGAGGUCGUUGAAUCAUUCGGCAACGAGGAAAACGCGAACGCACAAACGUUCGAUAGUCGUACUAGAAAGUUAGAGCCCGAUGAUUUUUCCGUUCCUGACAUUAUAGCGCAAACGUCUCGAUUAAGAUUGAAUUUCAUGUCGAAUCAUCUGCUUUCAAGCCAAGACACGGCAAGUGGCGUUGAUUCUAAAAGCUGGAUUAACGAUCAGCAUCGAACAGAGAGGAGAACGCCUGUUUCCGAACGAUUGGAAUUUCAAUCCAGAAGAAACAAAGAUUCGUUCCAUGAUGAAAGAAGCAGUGCGAAUGUCGCUUCCGCACAAUUAAGAUCUCAUUUCAAGAGCAACGGAAGCUCACUUGAUGAUGAGGAUUCCAACGAAGAGAUGAAUCGAAAUUUUACAAAAAAGUACUCUACCUAUGAAGAGAUUGUCGACAGUGAUGAAGAAGUAAGUGCUGCCUCGAGUAACGAAAUUAUUAAAGAUAAGUUUGUUAAUUCGCUUACUGAAAUCAAUACUGCCGACGAACCGGUGACAGACAAAAGUGAUGACGGACAGAAGCAUUCAGACACUGAAAACUGCCAUUCCCUGGUACAAGCUAGACUUAGGUUAUUUGAAAAUGCGAAAGAUAACAGUGGGAAAAGAGAGGAUCAACGGACUGAAAUAUCAAGACGUAAAGCACAAUAUAAGGAGCACAAAGUACAGAGAAAAGACUCGAAAGGUUUAGAUACUGCAGGAGUAGAAAAACUCGCUGGCGAGGUGAAGGCUGAAAGUAGUUUGGUAACUGCUGUCAGCGAACCUCCAGAUGUUACAAGUUCCAAUAAACCAACUUCCUCUAAAAUCAGUGAACCGAUUGCUAAUCAAAUGAAUAUUUCAGAAGACAUUACUGAUAAUUCUGACAAACAGACUGAAAAUCCAAUAAUUGAUUUUCCAAAAUUACAUUUACAAAUGAAACCCACAGAUAAAGGAAGUAACGAAAAUUUAGUAUCAGCUGUUGCAAGCGAAACUGAUUCAGUGAAGCCUUCAUCUACUGUCACUGAAGAAGAUUAUCCAGAAGAUCUAAAUCCUUUCAAAAGUGAUGAGGAGGAAAAUUCUGAUGUAAAUUCAAUAACCAGUCCUUCACAAGCUGCUAAAAAUUCUACCAAUCCAUUUGAGAGCGAAGAGGCCUUAGAAGAGGAGUUGCAGCAAAAGAAGGAACAACUUGUGAUACCAAAACCAGCUACUAGAAAUAAUGUUGAUCCCACAAUUAAAUCUCAAUCUCAAGAGGAAAUAUCAACGAAAAUACGUUUAAUUGCACCUCAGAUUAACCUGAAUCCCUUUUGGAGCGAUGAUGAUGAUCCAGAGAGUGAUUCAGAGUGUAAAGCGAAAGUACAAGAGGCUAAGCCAGUUCCUAAACCACGAACAACUAGAAACAUUCAUGAGGCAGGAGUAAGUGGAUUAAAGUCAGAUCAGAAUCACAGCAGUUUGAACAUAUCAAGUAGUUCAUUGGAGACAGCAAGCACAUCUGGAACAACUUGUCGGAAAAAGAAACAAGCACCAUUACCACCUAACAGGAAGGACCAUAGUCUUCCUAAUCUGCCUCUGACUUCAUCACCGAAUGUAAUAGGCAAAACACGGAAAAUAAAACCGGCCCCGCCUCCGCCAAUACAAACUAGCAGUCCAUGUAAUACGAGCAUUGACCCAGUUUUAAGUUGCGACGAAUCACCCAUAUGUAACUCAAGAAAUGCAAGCAGAAGAAAUAACGUAUGGGAGGAUGAAAAGAUUAGUAAAGAUGCGGCAAACAGAAAUAGACAAAGUUUCACGCACACUCCAUGUAAAGAGGGACUCAGUGAUAAAUCUUUUAUAGACAAGAGUACAGAAGGAAAAUGGAAGAGGAAGAAAGGACCUGCUCCACCUUGCCCAAUGCCAUUGAAAAGAAAAAUAAAAGUAAUGUCUCUCAAAGACGUUAAACUGGAAUUGGAUGAAAUAGAGUUACAGCAACAAGGUUUGGAGAAACAAGGUGUGCGAUUAGAACAACUGAUUAGAAGUAAAUGCGAAUCUGAUUCCAAACCUGAUGAUGUUUCCCUUGGAACGGAUGUGGAGGAGUUAGUUCUGGAAUUGUUUGCUUUGGUAAAUGAAAAAAAUGAACUAUUCAGGCGACAAGCUGAAUUGAUGUUACUUCGAAGACAGCAGAGGUUAGAGGAAGAACAUGUUGAAGUAGAAUAUCAAAUUCGGUGCUUAAUGUCGCAACAAGAAUCCAUGAAAACAGAUUUUGAUAAGCAAAGAGAAGAAGCAUUAAUAAAAAGACUGGUGGAAAUUGUCGAGAGGAGAAACGAGAUCGUAGAUUGCUUAGAAAUGGACCGUCGUAGAGAAAUAGAAGAGGAUAAAAGUAUACAUAAACAUAUGGAUCUAUUUGCUGUCAAGAAUAAGAAUGAAAUAUUAAAUAAGGAAUCCAAUCAUGUUCCAAAAUCGAAACAAAAGGAAAGUAAAUCAAGUAAAUCAAAGGAAAAGAAGUUAAAGAAGAUACUUAAGAAAGAUAUCGAUAAAGAUAUAGACGAAAUUGAAUUCAAACUUAAACGCCAUAAUAAACGAAAGUGGUUCUAGGUUAUAAUAAUUACUUACACAAAUCCUGCCGUUUUUGUAUAAUUGUACAGUGUUUUUUUACUUGUACUGUCUCGAAUAAGUUUCAUUCGAAUGUUUCCUAUAUUGCAAUUCCUAUACAAAUUACGUAUAUAGUAAUAUUACAGUUAAUAAUAAUGUUUUGUAAUGUUAUAUUUCUGGAGCGCAUUUAGGAAAUAUCUUUUUAUAACAGAU